AUGGAUGAAACGAACUUCAACCUGUGGGCGACGCGCACGCGCGGGUGCAGUUUGAAAGGCAAGCGCGCGGUGAAGAAGGUGUUUGCGGGCGGAGGCCAGAACACGCAUGUGAUCUCGUGCAUAAGCGAGCACGGCUUGGUCUACUUCGAGACGCGCUUUGGCUCCAACCGCUAUGCGAAUACCAACGAGCUCAUCAGGAGCUUGUUGCGUCAUGUGGCACAGCAUGGUGAGAUUGCUCUGAGUGAUGUGGUGCUGGUGCUUGAUAACGCACCUUGCCACUGCCGCGCGGAAGAGGUUUUUGGCGAGGCCGAGUUUGAGCCGGCUACGCUGCUUCGGUUGGGCCCAUACUCACCAAUGUUGAACCCAAUUGAGAAUGUGUUCUCCACAUUCAAGUCCUUGGUGAAGGCGUACAUGAGGGAGCGCCGCCUCGAUAUUUUGGUCGUGCCUGAAGGAGUGACAAUGAAGGACUACCGUCAGUCGUUCCUGCACGAAGCGGCUCACAUGUACAUACCGCAGGCCGCGAGCACCGCCAAUUGCCGAGCCUUUUACCGCCACACGCUUCGCUUCCACUUCAUGGUAAGCAACAUGGACGACAUGCCUGUGGGCACGUGA